AUGGCUGCGCCCAGGGCAGGGCGGGCUGUCCCGAGCUGCCGCCGCUGGGUUCUGGUGCUGGGCUUGGCGCUGUGCUCAGUGCCCGGGACGGCUGCGAGCUCCUCCUCUUCCGCCCAGGGGACGUGCGGCUGUAGCUCGGGCCGGGGGAGCGGCGGGGAGGCGGCUGCGGCGGCGGCCCGGAGGUAUUCCCCGGAGGCCAAUGCCCCAAGUCCGGCCGUGGGGCCGGUCACCCGCAAGGGGCCAGCUGCGCACAGUCAGAUGGCCCUUAUUCCAACAGGAAUGUUCACAAUGGGUACUGAUGAACCUGAAAUACAGCAAGAUGGGGAAUGGCCUGCUAGAAAAGUCCAUGUUAGCCAGUUCUAUAUGGAUCGGUAUGAGGUCAGCAAUGUGGAGUUUGAGAAAUUUGUAAAUGCCACUGGCUAUGUUACAGAGGCAGAGAAAUUUGGAGACUCCUUUGUGUUUGAGGGUAUGUUGAGCGAACAAGUGAAGACUGAAAUCCAGCAAGCAGUUGCAGCUGCUCCCUGGUGGAUGCCUGUUAAAGGAGCUAAUUGGAGGCAACCUGAGGGACCAGAUUCUAGUAUCUCAAAGAGAAUGGAUCACCCAGUUCUUCAUGUCUCCUGGAAUGAUGCUGUAGCGUAUUGCACGUGGGCGGGAAAACGAUUACCCACAGAAGCUGAAUGGGAGUACAGCUGUCGAGGGGGCCUUGAGAAUAGACUUUUCCCAUGGGGCAAUAAGCUUCAGCCAAAAGGUCAGCACUAUGCCAAUAUCUGGCAGGGAGAAUUCCCAAUAAGCAAUACUGGAGAGGAUGGAUACAAAGGAACUGCACCAGUUACAGCAUUUCCGCCAAAUGGCUAUGGCUUAUACAACAUAGUGGGAAAUGCCUGGGAGUGGACAUCUGACUGGUGGGCUGUUCAUCAUUCUGCGGGUGAAACUCGCAACCCAAAAGGGCCCUCAUCAGGGACUGACAGAGUGAAGAAAGGUGGAUCCUAUAUGUGCCAUAAGUCCUAUUGCUACAGGUAUCGCUGUGCAGCCCGCAGUCAAAACACUCCUGAUAGUUCUGCUUCAAACCUGGGAUUCCGUUGUGCAGCAGACACUCUGCCAGCUUUACAGUGA